UUUUAGCUUCAAGGUUAUACAUGAAAAGAAUAACAUGUCUGAUUAUCUCCCAAUCGAAUGUCUUACACAGAUACUGGUUAGAGUACCAGUGAAGUCAUUGUUGAGAUUCAGGUGCGUUGCGAAGACAUGGCAUUCUCUCAUUUCAAGCCCUGCAUUCAUCGCCACCCACCUCAAUCAUGCUCGUCAUAAAGCUAGCCAUGGUGAAAGAAGCAAGCUGCAGGACCAGAUUAUUCUGUUUCGACACUACUCUGCAUGCGAAUAUGCUGACGAAGACGACCAUGGGUUACGGACAUGGAUCACUAGAGACGAGGAAGAGUGCUUUGCUUUGCACAAGGAUGAUGAAUCUUUUCCCCACAGUCCCACCUUGAACCUCAAUCCCCCACAUAACAGGUGGAGUGGGGAGUACUUCCCAAUUGUUGGCCUGAUGAAUGGGAUAGUUUGCUUGGUUGACUGGAGCAGGUGUGUUUUUUGGAACCCUUCUUUGAAUACAACAAUGAAGACCUCCUUUCAAACUGGAGCAGGUACAUUCUUCAGUCCUGUUAGGCAUAUCUUUGGUCUUGGAUGUGACCCCAUUACCAAUGACCUCAAGCUGGUAAGACUUGCCUAUCUUAAGAAAAAUGUUGUUCCACCUGUAGUCGAGAUUUUCACCCUAGUUACUAAAUCAUGGCGAGAGGUUGCCGGCCCUGGUCCUAUGUAUAUUCUGGUGCAAAGUAAAUCUUCACCACAGGCCUUUGUGUCAGGUGCAUUCCACUGGGUUGCACAUACUCCACCAGGACAGGGUUCUUCAAGCAAUGUGAUUGUGGCAUUCGAUAUGGCGAAUGAGGUGUUUUCUGAGAUUGCACUCCCCAGCUGUUUAGCUUCAAAGGCUCACUUGAAUAUGACAGUGGUUUUGUUGAAUGGUUCACUUGUUUUGGUCCCAGAUAAUGCGUUCUAUGGAGACUCAUACUACUCAAGAUCCGUGUGGAUCAUGAAAGAGUAUGGUGUGGUAGAGUCUUGGAGGAAAUUAUUUGAUAUUGAUAUCGGCCAACAAGGAGUGGGAAGAGUGAUCACUUUCAGAAACAAUGGGGAACUUCUAUUGAUUAGCGAACGGAACGAACUGUUAUCAUAUGAACCCUAUACUCGAGAGACUAGAGAUCUUCAUUUCAAAGUAAGACCUUCUGAUGGAACUUCUUAUAACACCGGCUCUUAUUUUGUAGAUACUCACAUGGAGAGCCUUGUUCUGUUGAAGGAAGCACCUAAUGAAGACUAAUGGCUGGACUUCUCCAAUGAUGAUGCUAUUUUGCUUCAUCAUUUUAGCACUUAUCAUCAAAUGUUUUGUUAGCUCUAAGUUU